AUGUCUGAAGAUUUAUACACUGAGACUGCUAACCAGCUUCAAAGUGCAUUGAUGACAUUAAAUUCUCAAAAACUGUUUGCGAAGGAGCGUCUUAGUCGCAGUCAAAACAGAAUACAAUGGUAUAUCUCUCAGUUCGCCGCAAAAGAUUUCCAAGUUGAAGAAUCUCGCAGAAAGGAAGCUUCGAUUUCUACUGCCAUCUCUCAACUGCGUGCCAAAGCCCAGGAGGAACUUAUUCAGUACCGUCAGCAAGCUGCAGACAUCUACAAAAAACCAAUAGCUACUUUGCAAAGUCAGUUGGUUUCGGAGAGAAGAGAAAAUCGAUUUUUGAAGACUAAAUGUCUGAAGAAUGAUCAAACAAUUCUUAACUUGCAGCGGCAAAUUGCUGAAUUGAAUUCUAAAGUUUACAGCACUGAACAUCAAACUGAACUUUUGAAGAAUGCUUUGGAAAGUUUGGGGAAGGAGCAUAAUCGCUUAAGAAGUACCUAUGAGGAUAAGAUUCAGAGACUGGAGGCUUCUAUAACUUCUAGUGCCGUUGACUUUGAUUUAAUGCGAAGUAAAGAGAAUGAAGUUAUGAAGGAAUUAUCAAAAUUUAAAAGCAUGUUGAAUUUAGACGAAGAGAGUCUCCAAACACGGAUAUAUAACGAACAAAUUAAUCAAGUUAUUGGGGAACUGGAUGAUGAUGAGAAUUUUCAGCGUUUGGAAAAUGACAAAAAAAUCGAAUUUGACAGAACAUAUGAACCAAGAGCUAUCUCACAUACGGAUUGUGCCGUUCCAUCAAAAGGUAUUCAUUCUUUUGUGAUGGCAUCAAAUGAUGAUCUCCGCGACACUCUUCAGAACAUUGAUGUUGAGUUACAAAACUGUGAUCAAGUAAACAUUGACAUGAAGAAGUUUGGUCUAAGUUCUUCCAAAAAUGCAAUCAUGGAUACAAAAACCAAUGCCUCAGUACCUGGUAGUUCAAAUUCAUCGAUGUGUUUAUCAGGAUCCAAUGCUAUUGGAUACUUACAAAUUUGUGAAAUUGAUCCCAAUGGUGAGUAUUUACUUCUAUGGAAUUCAAGUACAAACAAGGAAAUUGAUAUUGGAUUACAUAAAGUUUGUCAAAAACAUAUUCAAGAGAAAAUUAAUGAAUAUACAUUUCCAGCUGAUGUUCGAAUGUCACCACGAACUGUAUUUACUUUAUGGUCGAAUAAUGCCAUUAUACCAAAGAAUAUUCAUAAUACAAAAAAUGUAUUCCGAUGUCCAAAUAUUUGUAAAUGGUUCAAUGGUCCAAAUUAUAUAACUAUGGUAUCAAAUUCUCGUGAUGAGAUUUUAGCUUGGCUUACACCAUCUGCACGAUGUUUUACGAGUCGCAAUGAACGAGAAAAUUCUCUGCAGAAUUGUAAUUCAUCCGGAAUUCAAUAUGCAUUAAAUCUUAAUCGUGAUCCGCUAAUGAUAACAAGACAAAAGUCAAAUAAUAAUAAAUUAUCAUCAUCAUCAUCAUCAGCUAAUCAAUCGUAUCAUCAGAAUUCUACUGAUUUCUCAUUGAAUGAAAUAGAAAUUGAUGAAAUGAAUCAAGUUAAAUUAUGUAAACAUUUAACACAAAUAAAUUUGAAUGAAUUAAAUAAACAAUAUACUACUGAAAUAAUAAAUAAUAAUAAUAAUAAUUACGAUAUUCUAUCAAUGAUUAAAAGAAUUAAUAAUAAUAAUAAUAAUAAUAAUAAUAAUAAUAAUAAUAAUGGCAAUUUAUUAAAAAUGAAAAAUUUAAUUUCACUUAAUCCUUCAUAUAAUUCACAAAAAUCUAUGUUGAAUAAUAACAACAAUCUAAAGAUUCCUUACCCCUAUAAACCAUACUCCAAUUAUUCACGUCAAUUAUCAAAUGAUGAAACUGAUCAAAAUACACAUUAAUUUACGAAUACAUGAAGAUAAUGAGUUAAUUUCAAUGUAGGUUUCGUUUUUUUUUAAUUUCAAAUGAAAACCACAUGACAACAAUGAUGAUAAAAUAAACGAAAUGUCUAUUUUGUGUAUGUGUGUGUGUGUGUAGUUUUUCUAUGUACUUUCUUGAAUUGGUUCUUAAAAUCAGUAUUCUUUAUCAUUUUAAUAUUUUAACAUAAUGAAAUAAAUUGUCGUUUGGAUAUCA